GUAAAUGCUCCCCCCGUCUCUCUCUCUCUCCUCUCUCUCUCUCUUCCUUCUGGAGGGUUCGGUGGUGUUGGGGGAAAACCAGCUCGCGGAAAAGAGAGGAAAAAACAACGGCUGGUUUGCGUUUUGGAAUCUCCGCAGUGGAUUCGGCAGUUUUGAGAUGUUAGGUUCGGAACAUGGGAGCUUAGGUUUAGGUUCGGGGUUGGAGCUCGUCUGCUGCUUUUGCCGCUUCGAAGAUGUUUGACUGGAACGAUCAAGAUCAGGUAGGUGACAUCAUAUGGGGUGAACUAAGUGAGAGUGAAGACCAUAUUGUCCCUUAUCCCAAGGGCACUGAAGAUAGUACAUUGCUUAAUUUUGGAGAUUAUAACAAGAAACAGAAAAAUGAAGAAGCCAGCACUGUUUUAAGGUCCACUGAGCACACUGCUGGAACUAAACAUGAUUUUGCGGGAUGUAACCUGGAAAACCAUUCCACCUUCAAAACAAAUGAAGAACUUUCCGCUCCAAGACUUGACAUGGAUUCAUGGCCUGAUUUGCCUUCCUUAAGUGCUGCACUUGGUAAAGGAUACAAUGAUGAAAAUGGUCCAGAUUCUAUAGCAACAGAAUUGAUGAACGAUUUCAAUGAAACGUCUGACCUGAACAAAGUGAGAGUCUCAACUGGUGGUGCAGUGCAGCUGGAUGGUGAAUCUGAAAUGUUUGGCAACGAUCAUGAAGAUAAAGAAAGUGACAGUUUUCUUGAUUGUGAUUGGGCUAACAUUGGAGACUUUGAUGAUCUUGACAGAAUUUUUAGUAAUAAUGAUUCCAUAUUUGGUCAUGAAAUGGUCGGCAAUGCCGGGGAAUAUCUCUGUCCAUCUUCAGAUGUAAUUAGUGGCACGGCGCAAUCAAUUCCAAUUCCUGACAUGCCAUUAAGCAGGGAAGAAACUUCUGAUCAUGGUUGUUCCUCCUUUCAUUUUGAUGAACUUCCCUGCGGGAACAGAAAGUCAGAAGAGAAGACAGCAGAUGAUACUGUGAAAACUGAGCAAGCUGAAUGUAAAACUCAUGUUACCAGUGAGUGUUGUGGAACACACAACCUUCAGCCAGACAAGGAUGAUGGCCAGAAGAAGCUUUUAAAGUCUCGUAAAAAAGCAGAAGAAAGAAACAAGAAUAAAACUAAACAAAACUUAAAUGGUGCCUGGUCCCAUAAUGUUAGCCAAAGCCAUCAAUCUCCCAGUCCAAAUAUGCAUACGUUGGUCAAGACUCCUUUACAAACCUUUCAAUCUCCUACUGCCACUCAACAAAGGCAGGUUGGUGGUGCCAAGAACAUGGAACACCUUGGCCCAUCUAAUCAGUUUCUGUUAUCUGGAUAUGGAUAUUCUCCAUAUCAUUUUCCUGUCUUUCCACUGAUGCCGCAUACUCAUGCUGAGAGGAACCAAGUGAAACCAGUUGCUGUUAGUUGUAAAGUUUUUCCUGAUUCCUCGAAGCAUUCAAAUUCUUUGGCGAAACCAUCAGAUAUUCCCUCAAGACCAUCGACAAUGACACCUCAAGAAAAGAUAGAAAAGCUUAGGAGACGCCAGCAAAUGCAGGCAAUGCUUGCAAUUCAGCAGCAACAACAGCAAUUUGGUCAUCAAAUUACUGGUAAUGACAGUUUGGUCCUACAGAUAGGUUCACCAAAGAAACAAAGUCAGGAAUCUGUUACAAGCUCUGCUGCAGUUGAUGAUAGUGGAAAUAAGAUUUCUGCAUCAGAUAUGAGCAUGCUACUGGACCAAGAUGAGUCCCAGAGGAUCUCGACAUUGAUUGAUGAUCACUCUUUGGAUGAAACCAUAUACUAUGAGCUUCAAGAUGCUCUGGGAAAGUUGGACAUUACUGUCCGACUUUGUAUUCGAGAUAGUUUGUUUCGUUUAGCCCAAAGUGCAAUGGAAAGACAAAGUGCUGGUGAUAGAAGUAGUACCAACAAAAGUAACAAAGAUGAAGAUGAAGUUUCGGCAAACCAGGAGACAAACAGACAAAACAGAUGCAAAAAAUUGCCUGAUGCAGAAACAGAUACAAAUCCCAUAGACCGAACUGUGGCUCAUUUGCUGUUUUACAAGCAUUCAGAAUCAUGUACGGGACCUGUGAAAGAUGAAAUACCACAAUCGCCCGUUUCCCGUACCCCUGCUUCAAAGAUGCCUCUACAUGCUCAUGGAAGUACUUCUGAGGAAAAUCCUGAGAACAUCGGAGAAAUGGAGGUGCAACCUUAAGUCUGAAGUAAGAGCAAGCUGGUUGGAUUUUAAUGGGAAUGCCGGUGUUCUUGCAGUGUGGUGGUCUAUUCAGCUUUCAUGUGUCGAUGUCUCCACAUAUCUAUAAGCACCUCAUGUAUCAUUUGGCUUUAUAGAUCUUCAAAAUGCUUCAGAUGUGUUUUCACUGUCUGGACUGUCGGAGUUGGUUCUCCUUGUGCUGCUGUGCACACUGUUUAGUGGUGUAAGAUUAAUUCUAUACCUAAAAUGUGUGUAUGUUAACAAUCAUCCUGGAGAUGGCCGCUGAAACAUCUUUGUUAACUCGAAUCCUUCAGGCAAUCCAUCUUCUGACUAGUAUUUAUAUGUACCAUUUAUGACUAAAGCCUUUUACCUUCCCA